AUAAAGUGGGUGUGGAAAUAUUAGAAUCCCAGGUUGCAGGUGUGAGUGAGAGAGAAAAGAAGCCGACCACACACUCUCUCUCUUACAUUGCAUGGUGUGGGUGGCGUUACAACCUUUCCUUUUCAGAUCGUGGAUCGUUAACUUGUACCCGUUUUCACUACCCCUCCCCCUACUCUUCUUAAUCUAUUCCAAUCCCAUUCAACAAAAAAACAGCUUCAUCCUCUACCUUACCUUUUCUGUUUUUGUUUAACAAAAAAUCUAAACUUGGACGAUACGUCACACACCUCGUGGAUCGUACUAAGAUUUUUUUAUACUAUUCUGGGUUUUGAGUGGCUCUAGUCUACUCAAAGGUUUGAACUUUGAACUCUGAAGCAGUUAGUUGUGUUGAGUAGGUGGCAUUGAGGUGCCUGCCAAUGCCAUGUAGCGAAUUCUGAAGAGAGAGACCAUUGCGUUAUGCGUGUGCUGAUUUUAGUUUUACUCUUGGGUCGCAUUUGUGGUUAAGCUUUCAAUUGCGGUUCGCUCACCGUCAGAGGCAGACGUUAAAGGACAGAGAAAGCUGAAGGAUGUGAAUAAUGCUCAAAUUUAAGGGCUUGGUAUUUUUGUGAACAGCCAGCUGUUUUCCUAUAACUAUCUUGCAUAUUUGGGAAAGCAAUAAUAGCUUUUAUAAUUUACCACAUCACGUGUUUUCACUUUUAAAAGUGAGAAAUGGGAGCUGUUUCUGGAGAAGAGUUAGUUAAAUGGGAGAAGAUGGGAGGAGUGGGAGGCCAUGAGGAGAAGAUUCUGGUGUUAGUGAGGCUGAGACCUUUGAGUGAGAAGGAAAUUGAUGUGAAUGAAGCAGCAGAUUGGGAAUGCAUCAAUGACACUACCAUCUUAUACCGGAACACCCUUCGGGAAGGUUCCUCAUUCCCAAGUGCCUACACCUUUGACAGAGUUUUUCGGGGUGACUGUUCCACAAAGCAGGUAUAUGAGGAAGGGGCCAAAGAAAUUGCUCUUUCAGUUGUUGGCGGAAUAAACUCAUGUAUUUUUGCCUACGGGCAAACGAGUAGUGGAAAGACAUACACAAUGAUUGGAAUAACUGAAUAUGCUGUAGCAGAUAUUUUUGACUAUAUAAAUAAGCAUGAAGAAAGAGCUUUUGUGUUGAAGUUCUCAGCAAUUGAAAUUUACAACGAAAUUAUUAGAGACCUCCUGAUCACUAAGAACACAUCACUUAGGCUGCGUGAUGAUCCUGAGAGAGGACCAAUUGUAGAGAAACUUACAGAGGAGACUCUACGGGACUGGGUGCAUUUGAAAGAGCUCCUAUCAUUCUGUGAAGCACAGAGACAGGUAGGAGAGACAUACCUCAAUGACAAGAGUUCUCGAUCUCACCAAAUUAUCAGACUGACAAUUGAAAGUUCUGCCAGAGAAUUCAUGGGUAAAAGCAGCUCAACCACUUUAGCUGCUAGUGUGAAUUUUGUUGAUUUGGCAGGGAGUGAGCGUGCAUCUCAGGCAUUAUCAGCUGGGUCCAGAUUGAAAGAAGGCUGUCAUAUAAAUCGGAGUUUACUCACUCUUGGAACAGUUAUUCGUAAACUUAGUAAGGGAAGACAAGGACACAUCAAUUACAGAGAUUCUAAGUUGACGCGCAUACUGCAGCCUUCCUUAGGUGGCAAUUCUAGAACAGCCAUCAUUUGCACUUUGAGCCCUGCGCGGAGCCAUGUUGAGCAAACUAGAAACACCCUUCUUUUUGCUUGUUGUGCAAAACAAGUGACUACUAAAGCACAGGUUAAUGUAGUGAUGUCUGAUAAGGUAUUGGUCAAGCAGCUGCAAAAAGAGGUAGCCAGAUUAGAGAGUGAGUUGAGAACUCCUUGUCCUCCUUCCACCAAUUGUGAUUGUGCAGCAAUGUUGAGAAAGAAAAAUCUCCAGAUACAAAAGAUGGAGAGGGAGAUUAGGGAGCUUAUUGAGCAACGUCAUCUUGCUCAAUCUCAGGUUGAGGAUUUGCUGCGCAUGGUUGGAAAUGAUCAGAAAUCUAGAAAAGAAAGGAUGGACACCUGGGAAGAUGAUGAUUCAAUAUCAGAGUCAUCAAGCACUUAUCCUUCUGAUUUACGCAUUAGAGAAUUCAACAAUCCUCACUACAACAAUGAAAACAGUGAAAGUAGUCCUGAUAAACACCCUGAUGAAUGCUGCAAAGAAAUUCAAAGUGUUGAAUUGGAGGAAUCAAGUAGAGAUGACCUUGAAUAUGCUGAUCUAUCAGUAAGUAACAACGGGGUGUUGGCAUUAACAUUGUAUGGAGAGAAAAAUGUAAUAAGCCAGGAGAUACCGACCCCUGUGAAUGAAGAUAGGGAAGAGAAACAGAACCAAUUAACAUAUGGUGUGUUGGAGCAGAGACUCGAUGAUUCACAAUUGAGUAAUGAUUCUCCUAUGACUAUGUCAGAGACAGUGCCAAAUUGUAGGAAUUUUAAAUUACUAAGGAGCUGGAGUUGUAGGGAAUAUUACACAAGUAGUUCUCCUGAGAAAGCGGGAGUAAUGGAGAGGACUCCGGCCAGUAGUUUUGAAAAAUGCUUCCCUGGAAGACCAGAUGAAUUGCAGAGAAAGUUCCUUCCAUUAACUUAUGGUUCUUCCACAAAAUUGUCAAUGAAUGGCUCUCCAUCUUCUGUUGGAAGCCCCUCUAUGGAUGAGUUAAGAACCAACAGCAUGAGAUCAAAUGCUAAUGAAGAUGUUACUAGCCUCCAAACUUUUGUUGCUGGGAUGAAGGAAAUGGCAAAACUUGAGUAUGAGAAGCAGCUUGUUGAUGAUGAUCAGGAUCAGCAAGCAGAGACAACAACUUUUAGAUUUGAAAAGAAUAUGAAAGAUGUAGGUGUGGGUUCAAUGUUAGAGGCACCUGAAUCUCCUGUGGAAUGGCCUCUGCAAUUCAAGCAGCAGCAAAGAGAAAUAGUGGAACUGUGGCAAGCCUGCAAGGUAUCAUUGUUCCACAGGACUUACUUCUUUCUUUUAUUCAGGGGUGAUCCAACUGACUCCAUAUACAUGGAGGUGGAGUUUAGAAGAUUAUCUUUCCUCAAAGAAACAUUUGCCAGUGGAAAUCAGUCCAUGAACGCUUCAAGCGCGAAGGGUGUUCAGCGGGAGAGAGAGGUGCUGGUCAAGCUUAUGCAGAGAAGGCUAUCCGAGGAAGAGAGGAAGAAUCUCUUCAGCAAGUGGGGCAUUGAAUUGGAUUCAAAGCGCCGGAGGAAGCAGCUGGCGAAUCGCAUAUGGAGCAGCACCGAUAUGAAUCACAUCGUGGAGAGUGCUGCGGUUGUUGCAAAGUUAUUGAGCUUUACAGGGCUGAAGGAGAUGUUUGGCCUUAGCUUCUCACCACAUACCUGGGCGUCUCUUUUUUAGGCCACCAAAUUUAUUCUUAUUUUAAUUACCUAAUCCCUGUCAAGUGUGAAUACUCAGUCUCUUAGAUACAUUACAACCUGUAUUUCAACGAGUUAAGAACAAUUUCUAGUAUAACAUAACAUGUUCUGCUCGUUUCAUUUUGCCUAUUAAUCAAUAUGUUUUCCGCUUUC